AUGGUGGUGAUUUUAACAUAUGUUGAUGCACGUGGUAUUGUUAAGGAGAGAUUUUUUGGUAUUGUUCAUGUGACGGGGACAUCUUCUUCAAUUCUUAACUCUGACAUUGAUGUUUUAUUUGUUGAACAUGGAUUGAGCUUGAAACAGGUAAGAGGGAAAGGUUAUCACAUAGCAAGUAAUAUACGCGGUGAGUUUAAUGGAUUAAAGGCCUUGAUCUUGAAUGACAACAGCUCGACAUAUUAUAUCCAUUGUUUUGCUCACCAACUUCAAUUAGUUGUUGUGGCGGUUGCAAAUAAACAUGACGGAGUUGAGAAUUUCUUUAAUAUGUUAGGAAUGGUGAUCAAUGUGGUGAAUGCUUCUUGCAAGCAUAAAGACAUGCUUCGACAAAGUUACAAAGAUAGAGUGCAAAAAGCAAUUGGUAAGUGUGAAAUUGAAACCGGAACGGGGAAGUACCAAGAGAUUUCUUUUAUACGAGCCAGAGAUACACGGUGGGCUUCUCAUUGUAAAACCAUUUUGAGCUUGAUUGUUUUGUUUUCGAAUGUUGUUGAAGUGCUCUAG